GCUGGAGCUGUAGUGGAGGAAAAUGGAGCUUGGAGAUCUCCUGGUUUUUGCUUCCGCAGAAAUGAAUAGCACAACUGUCACCUUGGCUUUGCUAGUGGUCUUUCUGGUUCUACUGUACUGGUAUUCCACCUCUGCAUUCUCUAGACUAGCCAAAGUAGGGAUCCGACAUCCUCCACCUCUUCCUUUCAUUGGGAAUCUGCUCUUUUUUCAAGAGGGCUUUUGGGAAAGCCACACAAAACUCAUAACGGAGUACGGACCUGUUUGUGGGUACUACAUUGGUCGCCAGAUGUUUGUGGUGGUCUCCACGCCAGAGAUGAUCAAGCAUAUCUUAGUGACAGACUUCAAUAACUUCACCAACAGAACUAAGCCAAACCUGAUUUCGAAGCCAAUGCUCGACAGCAUCCUUUGUCUUCGUGAUGACAGAUGGAAGUACGUCCGGAGCCUGCUGACCCCAGCCUUCAGCGAUACCAAACUGAGAGAGAUGAUACCGCUAAUAAACCAGGCCUGUGAUGUCCUGCUGAGUAACUUGAAAGUCUACGCAGAUUCUGGCAAAGCUUUUGAUAUCCAGAGGUGUUACAAGUGCUUUACCUUGGAUGUUGUUGGUAGCGUGGCUUUUGGUACUCAAGUGGACUCACAGAAGAAUCCUGAUGAUCCCUUUGUUAAGAAUUGCAGAACAUUCUUUGAAAUGUCUUUGUUUAAACCUCUCCUAAUUCUAAUCCUUUCUUUCCCAUUCAUAAUGAUCCCAUUGCUCCGGAUUUUGCCAAACAAGAAACAAAAGGAACUGAAUGAAUUUUUUAUCCAAACCAUAAAGAAUGCAAUUAUCUUCAGAGACCAGCAAGAUGCAGCUGAGAGACGCAGGGAUUUUCUCCAGUGGAUGCUGGACUCCCGCAACUCUGCUGCUUCCCUAGGAGCUGAGUGUUUUGACGUGAUCAGCCCAGCCACUGCCUCCAGCCACCACGAGGCAUCUGUUGCGGGCAAGUCCCCAUCUGAGAAGGUUCAGAAGACAUUAACGGAGGACGAGAUCGCAGGCCAAGCUUUUCUCUUCCUGAUUGCUGGCUACGAGACCACCACUAGUGCACUGUCCUUUGCCACUUACUUGCUAGCCACCAACCCAGAGUGCCAGGAGAAGGUACUUCAGGAGGUUGACAACUUCUCAGCAAAGCACAUUGUCCCUGACUAUCAAAAUGUACAAGAACUCCCUUAUCUGGACAUGGUGAUUGCAGAGACAUUGCGCAUGUAUCCACCUGCAUUCAGGUUUACUCGGGAAGCAGCUAAAGACUGCGUAGUGCUGGGGCAGCGUAUCCCAGCUGGGACUGUCAUUGAAACUGCAGUGGGACAUCUCCACUAUAACCCUGACUUCUGGCCAGAACCUGAGAAGUUCCUUCCUGAGAGGUUUACAGAGGAGGCCAAGAAGGAACGACAUCCCUUUGUGUACCUGCCUUUUGGGGCAGGACCCCGUGGCUGCAUUGGCAUGAGGAUGGGUUUGCUGGAGACAAAAAUGACUCUGCUGAGGAUUUUGCAGAAGUUUCGAUUUAAGACCUGCCCACACACUGAGAUUCCUUUGCAGCUGAAAUCAAAAGCUACCCUUGGACCAAAAAAUGGCGUCUACAUUCAGCUAGAAUCUCGCUAAAAGAAAAUGUGCUUUCUGAAACUUCCCAGGAGGAGAGCCUUCUGUCAGUGACUCACUGGGUGUAAUGUUUUCCAAAACCCCAAAGACAG